AUCACCAGGUGCCGUCCUUCAGGCCGCCCAUAAAGGCGCGAGGGGACGCCACGGGGCGCCUGUCCCCGAGCCAUGCUGCAGGCCACCGUCAAGCUGUGCUGCGGCAUCGCCCACGACCACCUCCGCAGGCUGCCCGGCCUGAAGCUAACAGCCGUGGCAGCGAUACAGAGGGACGUGAGAGGGCUGGUGCUGAGCGGCUCCCAUCAGCUGCCCUCCGAAAUCCCUUGUUAUAUCCAGAGGCUCAUGGGGAAGGACGCCGCCAGGUGCACAGAGCCCGGAGGAGACGUCAGCACCCACCGGUUCUCCAGCACAGAUCUCUCCUACAUCCACCAAGGAGAAAGAGCCCUGCAGCGAGCGCUGAGCAUCCUGCAGCACCCCCCGAGCUGGCAGGCAGAGGCCGUGCUGGUGAAAGCCCCCGAACCCAUCUCCUUUACGUGCCACAAAAGCUCUGGGGCAUUUGGGGGAGCAGGUUUGACGUGGUGCUGUGCCCCACAGGAUGCCGGGGCCGCCGUGUCCAGCGCCGUGCUGCCGGGACUGGGCAGGGUGUUUCGGGUGGAGGCAGUCCUGGCCGCACCGGUGGGGCGGCUGCACCGCGAGCUGUUCGAGGAGCUGGAGCAGAUGCCCCGCUGGAACCCCAGCCUCAGCCGUGUGGAGGUGCUGCAGCGCCUGGGCGAGGACACGCUGGUGACGCACGAGGUGACGGCCACCAGCCCGGUGGGCCGCAGGGACUUUGUGAGCGUGCGGCACCGCCGGCGGGCGCAGGCGGCCGUCUACCUGGUGGGCACCGCCGCGCGCCUCGAGCGGCUGCCGGCGCAGGAGGACUGCGUCAGGGCUGAGACGCGGCUGAGCUGCAUCGCGCUGCAACCGCUGGCGGGGGACCCCGGCUGCACCCGCGUCACCUGGCUGCUCAGCGUGGACCUCAAGGGCUGGAUCCCCGCCGCCGUCACCGACCGCGUCCUGCCGCGGUGCCAAGCGGACUUCAUCGGGCACCUCCGCCGGCACCUCUCAGCCACCGCGCGGCCGUGAGCCCCCCGGGACCCCCAAAUCGCCUGGGGGCUCCCCCGGACCGGUACCCCAGCUUUAUUUAUUUUUGGAACAGCUACGCUCUGCGUUUAUACGUGUAUAUAUGUACAGAGGGAUAGGAUUUUCCCCUCCUGUGCCACCCGGAGCACGCGCAGCCGGAGCAGGGAUCCCCGAAAGCGCUGCAAAAGCAAGGCAUGGAGGAGCGAAGCUGCGCAGCCCCUCCUGGGGGUCACGAAACGUUAGGCAGCCCUUUCAGGAUGGUUGUAAUUUAUACGUCCAGCUGGUUUUCUGUCUUAUUUAUUGGGGGAAAAAAAACGCUGUUGAAGCAGCUAGGUGAAACUCUGGCUGAUAAAUAGGAGUUAAAUAAAACAGAGGUGGUUUCAGACCCCCUGAGACUCAUUUCAACCACAUGCAGGUCACACGCUCAUAAAUUAUUCCCCUACCUCCACCCCAAAUAAAUCCACAGAAACAGACAGCGGUGUGCAUUUUUCU